AUGACAAUCCCAAAGCAGAUCCGUCGCAUAGCUAUUAUCGGCGCAGGGCCAUCGGGUCUCUCGGCGGUGAAGUACCUUCUUGCUGAGAAAUAUUUUACCAAGAUCGACGUCUUUGAAAAGAGAAGCUCUGUCGCUGGUGUAUGGAAUUAUACUCCACCAGCUCUAAAACAGAGUGCUUCGGCACCUGUGCCGCAGCUUGACCCGAAUGAACCUGACGAUGGGCCGAUAUGGCAUUCUAUAGGGGUCACUAAGGGGUCGCUUGAGCCAGCUUUCAUAUCCCCCAUCUAUAGUACGUUGGAUACCAACAUUCCAAAGGAAUUAAUGGCCUAUGGAGAUAAGCCAUUUCCUCCAGAUGCCCAAGUGUUGCCGAAGUACUCUACGGUGAAGAAGUAUUUGGAUGAGUACGCAGAAGACGUGAAAGAUUACAUUCACCUUGACACUCAGGUUGUGAAUAUCAAAUCUAGUGCUUCUGGGCCAAGUCCUUGGGUGGUGACAACGAAGAACUUGCGAACUGGGGUCGAUAGCACCGACAUAUACGAUGCUGUGGUCGUUGCUAGUGGCCAUUAUGAUGUUCCUUAUACACCAGAUAUACCGGGCAUCAAGCUAUGGAAUGAAACAUAUCCAGGUAUUAUCUCCCACUCCAAGUUCUAUGAUUCACCUGAGCCUUUCCGCGGAAAGAAGGUGAUAGUUGUGGGAAGUUCUGCAUCCGGUGUCGAUAUCGGUAAUCAAAUAAACAAACUAAGCAAGGGCAAAGUGCUGGCAUCACAGCGAACAAAGUCAUACCUGUUACCGUCUAGCGCCUCAGACAAAGAUUACGUUUCGGAAAUUGUGGAAUUCUUACCCCCAACCGAGCACAGAAGAGCGGUUCGCUUUGCCGAUGGAAAGAUAGAGAACGAGAUUGAUGCAGUCGUGUUUUGCACCGGCUACCUAUACUCUUUCCCCUUCUUGUCCUCACUUGACCCUCCCAUUAUUACGGAUGGCCGGAGAGUCCUAAAUACCUAUCAGCAUCUGUUCUAUAUCCAAAACCCUACCCUUGUCUUCCCAGUCCUACCACAGAGGGUGAUACCAUUCCCCUUAUCUGAAAACCAGGCUGCUGUUUUCGCUCGUGUCUGGUCCGGACGACUUACACUACCGGAUGCAACUGAGAUGAAAGCCUGGGAGGAUUCCACUUCCAUUGAGAAAGGCAAUGGAACAGCAUUUCACCUCUUACAUUUCCCUUUGGAUGCGAAUUACAUGAAUCUACUAUAUGAAUGGGCAGCCAAGGCUGAACCGCGCCGUGGAUUGAUCGACAACGGAAAUGGUAAGCAGUGCAAUCAUUGGGGAGAUAGGGAGAAGUGGAUGCGGCAGCUGUUCCCUGAGAUCAGAAGGACGUUUGUUGAAAAAUGUGAUGAACGCCACAAGUUCAAAAGCAUCGAGCAGCUUGGCUACGAUUUUGACAAGUUUAGAAAAGAGCAGGCACAUCUUUGA